AACCAACAUAAUAAAUAUUAAUUUGAGCAUGUGGGAAUUCUGGCACUAUCAUCACCAGAGACUACUUUGAAACGUUUUUCUUGCAUCGAUCAUGGGUGCCAUCACUAGUCAUACCAACAAAAUGAAAAUGCUGCAGAGGCAGCUAAGUGUUGUGAUGACACUCCUUUGUUGUGUUCAUUUUCAUGUCCAAUGUUGUGAUGAAGUUGAAGAUGCAAUCAGCAGAUCUGACUUCCCAGAAGGGUUCCUCUUCGGAACGAGCACUUCCUCUUACCAGAUUGAAGGAGCACCUUUUGAAGAUGGUAGGGGUUUAAGCAACUGGGAUGUUUUUAGUCAUACACCAGGAAAGAUAAAAAAUGACGAGAAUGGUGACAUUGCAGAUGAUCAUUAUCAUCGCUACUUGGAAGACAUUGAGUUGAUGUCGUCUCUUGGGGUAAACGUAUAUCGAUUUUCUAUUUCAUGGACAAGGAUUCUACCAAGAGGGAUAUAUGGGGACAUAAAUCCAAAUGGGAUAAUGUUCUACAACAAGAUUAUAGACAAUCUGCUCCUUAGAGGGAUUGAGCCAUUUGUGACAAUUCAUCAUCACGAUUUGCCACAAGAACUGGAAGAAAGAUAUGGUGGUUGGAUUAGUCUCCUAAUGCAGAGAGAUUUUGUUCAUUUUGCUGAAAUUUGUUUCAAGAGCUUUGGAGACAGGGUUAAGUACUGGACUACCAUCAAUGAGCCAGCCCUGGUUGCAAACUAUGCCUAUAUGAAAGGAAUAUAUGCCCCUGGUCACUGUUCUCCACCUUUUGGAAAUUGUAAUACUGGUAACUCUGAUGUUGAGCCUCUCAUUGUCGUGCACAAUAUGUUACUGGCACAUGCCAAGGCUGUUGAAUUAUACCGCAAGCAUUUUCAGGCAAAGCAAGGAGGAACCAUUGGCAUUGUUGCACACUCCGUCAUGUUUGAACCACUUAGAGAUGAAGAAUGUGAUAGACAAGCUGUGAAUAGGGCCUUGGCAUUUCUCAUACCCUGGGUCUUAGAUCCCCUGGUUUUUGGUGAGUACCCAGCCGAGAUGCAUUCUAUCCUUGGGAGUCAGUUGCCAGUGUUCUCUCUUAAAGAGAAAAGUCUCCUAAAAGGCAGCAUAGACUUUAUUGGCAUCAAUCACUAUGGAUCUCUCUAUGUUAAGGACUGCUCCCUCUCUGCUUGUUCUCUUGAAGCAGAUCAUCCAAUAACAGGUUUUGUAGAAGUAACUGGAAUAAGAGAUGGCGUUCCAAUUGGUGAUCAGACAGGUUUUUCAUGGUUCUAUGUUGUUCCAAGGGGCAUGCAGAAGCUUGUAGACUACGUUAAGAUAAGAUAUCAUAAUAUACCCAUGUAUAUUACAGAAAAUGGAUAUUGUUCACCGCUCAAACCGGAUGAGACAAUGCAUGAUUUACUACAAGAUGUAAAACGAAUAGAUUAUCACAAAGCCUACCUUGCAGCUCUGCUUAGAGCCAUAAGGAAAGGUGCAGAUGUCAGAGGAUAUAUGAUAUGGUCAUUGCUGGACAACUUUGAAUGGGCAAAUGGCUAUGAGAUAAGAUAUGGGCUUUAUCAUGUGAAUAGAGACACUCAUGAACGAAUUCCCAAACUUUCUGUUCAAUGGUUUUCUAGCUUUCUCAACAACACUAUCCGCACCAACAUAACAGAACACUUGAGUGAGCAACAACAUACUAUGUUUAAAAGCAAGGAUGUGAGAAAUGUUGAUUUCAAUUUUAUUUAAACUAUCCUGUUAGUUUUGGUUUAUAUGUUCUUAAUCAAUAACUAUAACUAUAUAUAAAUGUA